GAUAUUUGCCCAGAAAAUUUAGAAUUAAACAUCCCGAGUUUGAUACACUGCGCUUGUAUGUCUUACAGCGAUGUACAAUGUAGGCGACAGUUAGGGACCUUCUCUUUGGUGUGACAUCUUCAAAUCUUUCGCAACUCUUUAGCAGAUCUCAGGAAUAUUUUUGUCUUAUUUUCUAAGUUUGUAGGACAUUUAAAGAUAAGGCUUGUGUUUGACUACGCUUUUUAAAAAAUUUCGGAAGGUCCUAUCGAAGAAGAUGCCUCAUCUCAUGGACGUGACGUCACUGGUAGCUGCCAUAUUGCUACUCGCUACCCCAUCACCUCUUGUGUUAGCUGAUACAAGUCAGUGCCUACAGAACUGCCAGAGUAUCUAUAACUUCUACAUACGUUUCCACCUGGCAGGCUUGGAUAGCUUCAUGAGCAUGUGCUGGAGGAACUGUCUAGCCACAGCACCGACUGCAACAACCACCCCCACAACGACAACAACAAGAACCACAACAAGCACGUACCAGGGUGUAGCCUGUGGCUUCUCAAUGGUCGACAGGAACCGAAUCGUCAACGGCGUAGAUGCAUCAGAGUGCCAGUUCCCCUGGGUGGUCCAGGUCAACAGCGGCUGCGCGGGGUCAAUUCUGGACAAACGUCACGUGAUCACUGCCUACCACUGCGUCAUGAAUGUUGACACCAAGACGGUAGUGUCGUCACCUAUCUACGUCAGUGUCGGCUCAUCCUUUAAAGCCAGACAGACCAGGUACAGCGUCAUACACGUUAAUGCUGACCCCAGGUACAACUCUGGCACUAAAGACUUUGACAUAGCUGUGUUGACCCUGGCACAAGACCUCGUCUUCUCGGACUGUGUGGCCCCGAUCUGCCUGCCCGACCCGUACGACGACCCCUGGGCAUCGGACUCCUGCUAUGCUGCUGGGUGGGGUAGACUCAGUGAGUCAGCAAUCUCCGGAACAGAGAACCUGCAGUACGUAAAGCUGCCAUUGGUCAACCUAACCACCUGUAUAACGGGCUAUAGGUUCAGGACUGAUUUUUAUAUCAACGACAAAAAGUUGUGUGCCGGGGACUACGAAAAUGGCGGAAUAGACUCCUGUAAGGGCGACUCCGGCGGCCCCCUGAUGUGCCAGACCAACGGUCGCUACUUCCUGCACGGUGUGGUGUCUGAGGGGUGGGGCUGUGCCAGACCCAGGUACCCCGGCAUCUACACCAAGACCACCAACCCCCAGGUCAUGUCCUUCAUACGCUCAGCCUUGACCUACUGGUGACAUCUCCCAUACCGGCAAUACAACUUUGUUUUCUGAUGUUUCGAGAAUAUGUUAACACAUUGAAUAUUUGGGGCAGCUACUGUUUAUUAAUAAAAAGUUGCAACAAUUU